AUUUGAAUGUGACGGGGUAUGAAUUACUGUCUCUUAUUUGUAUGUUUGACUCACUGUAAGCAAAUCUAAAUCUGAAUGUCGACACGGCAGAUGUAGUGUGUCUAUAUAAUGACACCACAAACCUGUCUACAAUAUUACUCUGGGAGGAGCAGAAAGAGAUGAUCGGUGAUACCAGUCUGUCCUGAGAAAAGAAGAAACACAAACACACCUGAAUCCCAUCAUCUACAGAAAUGGAGAGAAUCACAUUGAUGUCUCUUCUGUUCACAGCCGUGGUCAGUUCAUCUCCACGUCAGUAUCACUUUGUGAAUCAGAGGAUGAACUGGAACGAAGCUCAGAGAUACUGCAGAGAAGAACACACAGAUCUGGUCACUAUCAAUGACAUACAAGAACAGAACGAGAUAAAACAGCUCAUAAACAGUAACUCUGAGCGUGUCUGGAUUGGGCUGAAGGACUCAUGGAUGUGGUCUCUGACUGACCCUGACUUCUACAGAGGAGAUGAGUCUCAGUAUAGGAACUGGGGAACAACACAACCAAAUGAAAAGGGAGACUGUGUUUCUAUGAACACUGAUGGACAAUGGAAUAAUAUAAAGUGUGAUAAGACAAGGAGUUUCAUCUGCUAUAAUGUCAGUACAGGAUUCGUCCCUGUACAGGAGCUAAAGAACUUCACAAACGCUCAGAAAUACUGCAGAAAGUACCACACAGCUCUGGUCAGUGUGAGGAACCAGAGUGAGAAUGAAGAGAUUCAGAACAUCAUAAAGCAGAACCUAACUUCUCCUAAAGAAUCCUGGAUCGGUCUGUACAGAUUCUGGGUUUGGUCAGAUAACAGCCCCGUCACAUUCUUAUACUGGAAACAAGAUGAACCUGAUAACAUCCCUAACGGAAACAGCAUCUGUGCAUCGACUGGUUUCAGUAAUGAAGGACAAUGGACAGACGAGUACUGUAGAGAACCGCAUCCCUUUGUGUGUUAUGAUGAUAAACUGGUUCUGAUCAGAGAGAAUAAGACGUGGACUGAAGCUCUGAGAUACUGCAGAGACAGAGACAUGGACCUGGUGUCGGUAUAUUCGGAGCAGAUACAGCGACGGGUGAUGGAUGUGACCUCGAGAGCCUCGUCCAAUCACGUGUGGCUGGGUCUGCGUCACUCCUGCAUCGUGGGAAUCUGGUUCUGGAUCAACGGUCAGACCAUCUGCUACGAUCGGUGGACUCCUGAUUACGACACCGGACUGGACGACUGUGUUAAUACGAUCAGAUCCGGAGCCAUUCGGACCAACGAUAAUUUCUGGAUCAGCCUCCCUGAAACUGACAGAAACAACUUCAUCUGUGUCAAGUGAGCGCUGGAGAGAAACUGAUUACAUGAAAAAGAGAUUCAGUACUUAAAUAUUCAGUACUUCUAAGUAGAUUACUACAUUUUAAAAUGCCUAUAAUUAGAGAACCGUUACUUUUUAAUGGAUUCCAUAUUCACACAAUGCAGUAAGUCAUUCAUUUAAUUAUAAAGCAAUCAAAAAGUACUUAAUCAUGUAAUUUGUAACCAAUAACAGACAAUAAAAAUGUUUUAGUAAUUA